UUCUUAAUGCCACAGGGUAAAAGACUUAGGCAACGCGUCCGUCCGGCUCCCCUCCCCGAGGAAUCUCCAUUUCCAUUCUCCACUCCCCGCCAUGGGCAUCACCACCAGAGCUCGAGGGAAGAGGAGGAAACUGCAGGGACACCAGACCCCGCCGCCGCCGCCGCCGUGCGGCGCCGCCCAGAUCAGCCUCCUCCCCGACGACGCCCUCCGCGAGAUCGUCACCCGCCUCCCAUCCAACGACGCCGCUCGCACGCAGCUGCUCUCCUCCCGGUGGCGCCACCUCUGGCGCUCCGCUCCGCUCAACCUCGACCUGCGCGACGCCGGCGACAUCUCCCGCGUCCUCGCCACCCACCCUGGCCCCGCCCGCCGCUUCGCCGUCCCGGACCUCGGCUCGUCUUUCCCCAACAGACGCGCCACCUUGGACGCCUGGUUCGCCGCCCCCGCCCUCGACAACCUCCAGGAGCUCGAGCUCAUGGGAUCCUAUCGCCCUCUCCCGCCGUCCGCCGCCCGUCUCUUCCCCACCCUUCGCGUCGCCGUCUUCUCCCGGUGCUCCUUCCCCGACGAUCCCGCCGCCGCCGCAUUUUGUUUCCCCCGCCUCGAGCAGCUAACCCUCGAGUACGUCGCCGUCUCGGAGGCCACCCUGCACGGCGUGCUCGCCGGGUGCGCCGCUCUGGAUUGCUUGCUGUUGCGCGGCGUGCGCGGCUGCAGGCGUCUGUCGAUCAGCUCGCCCACGAUUCGAGUCGUCGGUGUUUGUGUCACUCGCGCGUUGAAGGAACUGAUCGUUGAAGACGCGCCUCGUCUUGAAAGAUUGUUGAUGCCUGAAGUCUGGCAACUCCUGCGGGUCUCGGUAAUUUCAGCACCCAAACUGGAGGCAUUGGGAUGGCUUUCCAAUCACUGCACACUUGAGAUUGGCACCAUUGCAAUUAAGUGCUCCAUUGGGGAAUUUCACUUUGAUAGCUUGACAACGGUGGCACGCGGUGUGAAGGUGUUAGCUCUCGAUAUUGAUAAUCUUAGUCUGGAUAUGGCUAUUGACUUCAUGAGAUGCUUUCCCUCCUUGGAGAAGUUGUAUAUCAGGAAAUUUAGUCACAAGUGCAACAAUGUAUGGCGCCAAAAGAUGCGCCAUAAGAUGCUAGAUCCUAUUGAGUGCCUUGACCUCAAUCUGAAGAAAGUAGAAGUGUCAGGAUAUUGCGGCAAUAAGUCCCAUAUUGACUUUGCCAUGUUCUUUGUAUUGAAUGGGAGAGUGUUGGAGCUAAUGAGGCUUGAGUGUGGAACCAGGCGAAACGACAGAAAGUGGAUUGAAAAUCAAAAAAUGUGUCUCAAGCUGGAUAAUAUGGUUUCUAAAGAUGCUGAGUUCCAUUUCACUCGUCGUACUAGUUGGAACUAUUUUACAAAUGUCAGGCGUGCCCAUGAGCUGUUGAUAGCUGAUCCAUUUUGCACUUAAAUGAUGAACCCGGGCUUAUUGUCUUUAUAGGAUUUGUCUAGUUUUGGGCACUCAUCAGUUUCAAGAAAUUGCUCGUUCUUGUUGUUUUGCUACAGUAUGAAUGGCUUAUCAACAUGGGGACGUAAUAGCUAGGGAGGAUAGCUCCAUGCCUCCAUGUAAUCAGCUGCAGCCUUUAACAGAGAAUGAGAGACCAUGUCUGACGCAUCAUAUAUAUGUAAUAACAUUGCUCUUCAAUAUAAACAUCUGUCAGCCUUCUUGUAA